AUGAGAGAACAGGUUGAGGAGAUCGCGAAGGUUCCCGGUAUUGAUGUCUUCUUUAUCGGACUCUGGGAUUUAGGCAACAACAUCGGCCGUCCGGUCAUCGGCGCGUUCCACGACGACCUGAGCGCCGCUAUCGAGCGCAUUCGUAAGGCGGCCGUCGACAAUGGCAAGCGAGCGUGUAUUUACUGCGUUGGCGGAGAGGUCGCGAAGAAGUAUGCCGACCAGGGCUUCCACAUGGUAUGUUUGUCUGUUCGAAUGCCGAUGCCGUCGCCCUCCCGACCUUCCUGCUCAGUGCACUGGAGACCGCCAAGGGCACCAAGACGGAUGCCGCGGUUCCCACGUACUAGAUGCCGUCUCAUGAUUUCCCACAUGUACUGUACAUAUUUCUAG